AUGUUCGAGCGCCGAGCUGCGGAUCGAUACCACCUUCGAAUGCACCGCGCCCGCUCGGCAGUGCUGACUUCAGAUGAAAUCGUUGAGGUGCGCGCAGCUCAACGAACCUUCGAAGGAGCCUAUGUUCGAACCGCCCUCUCGCAAUUUUCCUUUGCCCUCGUCGUUCUCAAGAUUUUCACCGCCGAGUUCUACAGUAUCGGGGCCCUCUUCGCGAUCUACGGCACUGGAGUCCUCAUUAUUGGAUUGUUCCGCCGAUCCCAAGGGAAUCGCCAAUUCUUUUCAGAGGUGGGGGAGGAUGGAAUUCACCGCCACAAAUUCCGUACUAGUGGAAAUGCAGUCGUCGUUCUGACCGCACUCAGUAUUGCUGCAUAUGCGUGCUUGAUCGGUCUGACACUUUCGCUGCAAAAUUGA